CGCAUUUGAAAAAUUGACUAAGAAAUAUUUACUUUAACAUGGAAUUAUGACCACGAAACAGCAAAGGUCAUGUGAUUGCAUUGCAUGGUCAGAAAGGACUCGGCUAAGAUAUGCUGUGCCCAGAAGUCUGCAGAAACAGAUAGCCCAGAAAACAGGUAGAUUUCACCUCAGUCAAUGUGACAACACUGACAUGACGUUCGCUGACUGUUCAGUGCCAUAGCAACGAUACAGUGAAAAUGGGGCUUUCUGAACAUUUGAAGCAAGGUUUGCAAGAUUCACAUGCCAUCACUGCAAAACCUCACUAUCUCAGCAAUCUGAAGUUCUUAGUUUGGAUAAAAACAACAUGACGAGACAGGAAAAAGAGUCACCCACACAAACCAAAGACACCACCGUGCAUCGUGAGGAAGAAGAAAAAACUGCUAAGAUGUCAUGCCUGAACCUGAACAUUUUUAUCUUCAAUGUAUUUUUUCUGGGCCCAGAAUUUGUCUUCAGUUUUGAUUUGAAGGUGAUCCAGCCGGAGGUUCAGCAUGUGAACCAAGACCAAACCGCCUCAAUCAGCUGUGAAUAUGACCCACACGGAUCUAAAUUUAAGGACGUUCGACUGUACAGAAUUCCACAAAAUGCAAAAGGAGAGUUGCUAUGUCAGAACGGACUGGCUUCCUGUAAAGAUGUCAACCUGAGUUCCUCCAAGUUUGUUUUCACGUUACAAAACAUUUCACUAGAAGCAAUGAGAGCCACCUAUCAGUGUGAGAUAACAGUGGAGUAUAACGAUAUGGAUUACUCCAAGAGAGGAAUAAAUACCACACUGUUUUAUGAUUUUAAGGUGAUCCAGCCUGAGGUUCAGCAUGUGAACCAAGACCAAACCGCCUCAAUCAGCUGUGAAUAUGUCUUCUAUGGAUCUAAGCUUCAGGAUGUUCGACUGUACAGAAUUUCACAGAAUGAGAAAGAGAUGCUGUGUCAGAAGGGACAGGCGUCCUGUAAAGAUGUCACCCUGACUCUGAACUCCACCAUGUCUGUUUUCACUUUACAAAACAUUUCACCAGAAACAAUGAGAGCCACCUAUCAGUGUGAGAUAAUAGUGGAGCAUAACGGUGUGAAUUACACCAAGAGUGGAACAAAUACCACACUGAUAUAUGGUGAAAAGGACUGUCCUCCUCUUGAUAAAUCUGCGCUGGGAAGGGUUCUGAUUGGUCUGCUGGCCCUGAUGUUCCUGUACAGCUGUGUGAUCACCUGCCUCUACGCCAGACUGACAGUCACCGUCUGGAAAAACACCAAAGCUUGUGAGAACUCCACCUAUGUGAUAAUGAAUCGUCCAACACACAAGAGGCAGCAUGAAGACAUUUACCAAAUGAUGCAGUCUUAGGCUUAGUGUUUGAAGAAUAAACACUGCGCUUGAACAAGCAGUAAACCAGGGGUUUUCAAAGUAUGAAAGGGUGAGCCCCCCUCCAAGGAGCACAAUGCCUGCUGCGCC